AUGGCGCAAAUAAUUCGAGAUGCCCCGAUAGGGCAAUUGAUUCGCUUCAUCACUCGCAACAAAUUGCUCCAAUACCCCGAAGAGAAGCCUGACUUCCAGCUCCCGCAACAAUGGCUUGACGUCGUCGAAUCGGAGAAAGAAGUCCCAGCAGAAGAAGCAACGAUUGCAGCAUCGCUGAGAUCCUCCAACUCAAUCCAAACCGACGAGGAGAAUAAGCUGUUCCCAAAGGAACUCGAAGAUGCGGCUUCGUAUGACGCAUCCCUGCAACGGACACGGAGCAGACAAGAAACGGUUCCUUACACGCAAGAUCGGCUUGAAAUCGACGAGAUACACGAGAUUCAAAAAACAAAGAGCAUGCCGAUUGUCCCAAAGAAGACAAAGGAUGGGGUAAUCUUGGUUGAUUGGUACUUCAGCGACGACGUCGAAAACCCGCAGAACUGGACCAACUCGAAGCGUGGCCUCAUCACUGCCAUUAUCUGCAUCUACACGUUUGUUGUCUACAUGUCCUCGGCAAUUUAUAUGCCUUCGAUUGAGGGUGUCAUUGCUGAGUUCGGUGUGGACAUGACAGAGGCCUCGCUUGGGCUGGCACUUUUCGUCCUGGGCUACGGCAUCGGCCCCUUGCUGUUCUCCCCUCUCUCUGAGAUCCCUCGUAUCGGCCGGAAUCCCAUCUACAUCGUUACAAUGCUUCUCUUCGUCAUUGUCUCGAUCCCGACUCCUUUGGUUGGAAACUACCCUGGGUUGAUGGUUCUUCGCUUCCUGCAAGGUCUCUUCGGCUCUCCGUGCUUGGCAUCAGGCGCUGCCUCCUUGGGAGACAUGUACAGUCUGCUGAAUCUUCCCUACGCGUUGGUCUUUUGGGUCUCUGCUGCGUACUGUGGCCCUGCAAUCUCUCCAGUCCUGUCUGGAUUCUCUGUUCCUGCGAUGGGAUGGCGUUGGUCCCUUUGGGAGAUCCUUUGGGCAGCUGCGCCAGUCUUCCUCGUUAUGUUCUUCUUCCUUCCCGAGACCUCGUCGCCCAACAUCCUCCUCCGCCGUGCCGAGCGUCUCCGGAAGCUAACAGGCAACGACCGGUUCAUGUCACAGUCGGAAAUCGAUCAGCGCAACCUCAAGACAUCGGCCGUUGUCAUCGACGCGCUGAUCAAGCCGCUCGAAAUCACAAUCAAGGACCCUGCUAUCCUCUUCGUGCAGGUAUACACCGCCAUCAUCUACGGCAUUUACUACUCCUUCUUUGAGGUUUUCCCUAUGGUCUAUCCGGUAUAUUACGGCAUGAGCAUUGGCGAGGUCGGCCUCGUCUUCCUGUGCAUUCUCGUCGCCUGUCUCCUCGGCGUUGCCGUCUACGUCUCAUACCUGGCCUUCUACAUGAUCCCGCGCAUUAAGAAAUUCGGCUUCCCCGCCCAGGAGAACCGUCUCGUGCCUGCACUCCCGGCUUCGCUCGGCCCCACCAUCGGACUGUUCAUCUUCGCUUGGACGGCAUCUCCGGCCAUCCACUGGAUCGCUCCGACCAUAGGUAUCACCGUCUACGGCGCCACUGUCUUCAUUGUGAUGCAGUGCAUCUUCGUCUACGUUCCUUUGUCAUACCCCCAGUACGCCGCCAGCCUCUUCGCGGGCAACGACUUCUUUCGCUCCGCGUUUGCGUUCGCCAGUAUUCUGUUCGCACGGCCGAUGUAUCUCAAUUUGGGCGUUGCUCGCGGCACGACCUUGCUGGGUGGUCUGAGCACGAUCGGCAUCAUUGGGAUCUGGCUGCUUUACUUCUAUGGGGCUAGGUUAAGAUCAAUGAGCAAGUUUGCAGUGUCGUCUGAUUGA